AUGUCACGCGUUCAAUCGUUUGUGUUCACGGAACGACAUCGCGAACACCGGGCCGAACUAGAACGGGGACAACGUCUUCGAUCAUCGAAUUUGGCCGACGCGCGCUCUGUCUCGAAUCGUCGCAUCGUCUGUGCCAUCAUCCCCAACCCCUUCGCCCUCAUCCUCAACAUCAUCCUCGUCCAUAACAGACGUCUCCAUGUCUUUCCACCAGCCAUCGUCAGAAUGGCAGCCACCAUUCUCGCCUUCGUAUCCGUCGUGUUUGACGUCUUGGCCGUCAAC